GCGAAAAAAAAAAUCAUGUGAUCAUGUGACGCUUCCUGGAGCUUUACUUUAACGCAUCACUUUUGCUCUCCGCAACAACAUUCAUCAGCAGCGAACCCUAAUUCCCCCGCGGGAUUUUGCGCUCGUUUACGGCAUGGCUGACGGUGAGCGAUCGCCUUUGCUGUUGGACAGUCGCGAUGGAAUGAACGGUCUGUCACCGGGAGAUGAGACCUACCGACCCUUGACCAAACCACAGAAUUUCCCAGCAUUCCCGUCAGCUCCUCCCGUGUCGAUGCUGGGAGAGGCUCCUCCGCCGUACUCCCCGCUGGGCUCUCCAGAGAGCGGCAGUGCUCCUGUCAUCAGCUGCAGAGUGUGUCAGUCGCUUAUUAGCGUGGAAGGCAAAAUCCACCAGCAUGUGGUCAAAUGUGGAGUUUGCAAUGAAGCUACUCCCAUAAAGAAUGCUCCAGCUGGAAAGAAGUAUGUGAGGUGUCCGUGUAAUUGUCUUCUCAUCUGCAAAGUCACCUCACAGAGGAUCGCCUGCCCCCGACCUUACUGUAAGCGAAUUAUCAAUUUAGGUCCAGUUCAUCCUGGUGCCAGUAGUCCGAAUCCUCAGCCUAGUGGUGCCAGAGUUUCCUGUGGCCACUGUGGAAACACUUUCCUAUGGACAGAAUUUACAGAUCGGACACUGGCUCGCUGUCCACACUGCAGAAAAGUCUCGUCAAUUGGCCAGAGGUACCCUAGAAAGCGGAGUUUGAUAUGUUUCCUGAUGUGCUUGAUCUUCAUCAUAACGACUGCGGGAUUGAUUGCUGGCACGUGGUGGAAGGCAAGGGUAUAUAAGGGGAUUUAUGCCUCAUGGGUGUUUUUCAUUGUCCUGGUGCUGAUCACUUUGGUCAGAGCUUUACACUGGGCCUGCCUGAAAAUUAGUGAACCGCUGCACAACUACUCAUCGUAGGAGUGAUGAAUGUGGAGGAGGAGGAGGAGGAGGUAGAAAUGAAGUGCAGACAAGAACAAGACAAGGAGAAAACUGAGCAAAAAAUGUUAAUAAAGGGAUGUUCUGCCAGAAAAAGUCAUAUUUUUCACCCCAAAGUCAAUGCAAAAAAAAUUCACUUGGAACCUUGGAAUAUUUUGAAAUAUCUUUUUUUUCAUUUGGGGGUAAAAUAUGACCAUUCAGUGCUCUGCUUUUGAACCCUGCUUUUCUCUGAACUGAUUUCCAAUCCAUUUUGCACACGCCGCUGAUGGGAAUCUGCUUUCUAAACACUGCUAAAUUAGAAAAAAGCAUAGGAAAACAAAUAUUUCAGCCUUGUCGGUAGGCUAAUAACUUCCAGUUUAGUUGCAGAAUCGGUAACUGCUGAAACGGGUCAUGCGUUUGGCUCCGACGUCGCUGUGGAGUCACACGAAUGUAUUGAAAGGUUACAGUUAGAAUGAGAGAUUGUGGCUGAAUUGCUGACACAGUGUAAGUGCCUCGUGUGACAAUGUGCUCUGUUGUUAUAACUUACAAAGCAGGUUUUUUUCCAAGUAUGAAGGAACUGCAACUUUUAGCUUUAUUGAAAAUCGUAACCUGACCAGGCAUAUCAGAUGAAGGGUUUGAGCAAGAAAAAGGAAAUGAAAACACACUUUAGAAAAGCAAAACUCUUUUUUAGACCAUGCAUUUUAGUGCAUGUCGACCUAUUACUGGAAUGUGCUAUUGAUUGAAUCAAAGAUGAAUUGAAUAUUCCUUCAGUGUAGUUUCUUGCUUUUCUGUAGAUGUUAUUCAGUGGACCUAUAGGGGUUUCUUUUCUUCUGUGGUGCCGGUUCAGACCAAACCUUUAACUUCCUUUUCUUCCUCCUGAAGCAUUCAGCAUGUCUUACUGCGUAUCUGCACCCUCGAAUUCAGCUUAGGCACCAAAUUAUGCUUUGCUUACUAACUAACAAUGUUCAAAUAUCCAACACAAUGCAAUAUUACAGAUAAUUUUGAGAUUUCCAAUGGUCCUCGUGUUACUUUUGUUGAUGCUGUUUUUAAAUCAGGCAUUGCUGCUCAUAAUUUGUACCCGUCUUUGGUUAUGUAGUUAAAGCUGUAUUAAAAUCUUUUCCAUUAUAUGCUAUUAAGACCUUUAACGUUACCUAGUAAAGUAGUACGGAAGAUUAUUUUUUACA